UGAGGUUGCUUCAACCUGCCUCCUGUCACGUCCUCUGGCUCUCCCUCCUUUCCCUGCCUCACACUGGCUCUUUCUCUGGCUGGAUGGCUGUCUACCGCAGGUCUCCCUCCCUAUGGUUCACCACACCACCCGUCCACCCAUGUCUCCCUGGUCAGUCACUAACCUGACUGACUCCCUGACUUCCUCCUGCCUCCAGAACAGUACAUGCCUUGGGGUUGAAGCUUCCUGGGGCGUUAGGACACCUGUCUGUGGGGAAGCCUACCUGGAUACUACAUAGACACCAGACGCAUCUUCUCCUUGACCACCUUGAAGACCCUGGGAGCGGUUGACGUCCUGAUAGUCCUGACCAGUGCUGCUCACCCAGUCCAGCAGAGUUUAGCUAGCUAGCAUCAGGUGAAUCCAUGAAGUGUCCAUCUGUCCGGACCAGCAAAUCAGAGGGCUAUGGUUGGUUGUGAGGGCCUGGAGGCGUGGUGAGAUACAGAGGCAGCAGGCAGCUCCAUGGCGUGGACUGAGCUGGAGCUCCGGGCAGGGCUCAGAGCUGGGCUACACAGGGCCCUACUACCACUUCUCCUCCAGGGGUUGAUGCUCCUUACCUUCCCCUGCCUUGGUGGUCCCCCACAGCCGGCACGCAAUCCUCUGUCACCAGGGCAGCCUUUUCUAGUACUAUGGGGAAUCCCCAACAAGGCGUGUUCUAUACGUCCUGACCCAGGAGCCUUUGGGAUGGAGAGAGAGGGCCGCGUGUCCAUGUUUUAUGAGGACACUCUGGGGAAAUACCCCUAUUACACUCACCAGGACCAGCCGGUGAAUGGGGGUCUUCCCCAACACACCAGACUGGAUGGACACCUCCAGAAGACAGGGGAGGACCUGGUGGCAGCGCUACCCUCCACAGGGUACCAGGGCCUGGGGGUACUGCGUUGGGGCCAGUGGUCCCCGCAGUGGGGAAGGAACCGUGAGAAACAGGGCAUCUACCUGGAGGGCUCCAGGGCUCUGCUGAGGACCUUCUUCCCUGACUGGACCACUGAGGAGGUGGAGAAGUGGUCUCAGGUGGACUUUGAGGCAGCGGCCCAGUCCAUCCUCAUGGAGACGCUGUGGGAGGUGAGGAGGCUCCGCCCCAAGGCUCUGUGGGGCGUGUCCCCGUACCCCAACUGCUACAACUCUGGCCCCGCCCAGUCGCUGUCCAAUUACACAGGUCGCUGUCCCGCCACCGAGAUGGCGUUGAACGACGAGCUGCUGUGGCUAUGGAAAUGCUGCUCUGCCCUCUACCCCGCCCUCACACUAGAGAAGUUGCAGGGCGGGACCUCAGGGGCCAGACUGUACACGUCCAAUCAGAUCCGAGAGGCACUGAGAGUGGCAGGCUUGGCCGGGACCGCCUACGACCUUCCUGUGUUCCCAUUGGUCAGGAGUGUCUAUACAUCAACCAAUACUUUUCUGUCUGAGGCGGACCUGGUCAACACCAUAGGUGAGAGUGCUGCCAUGGGGGCAGCAGGGGUUAUCCUCUGGGAGAAAGAUCAAGGUGUCUUCUCUUCAAGGACUCAGAGAGCCUGCUCAGAGCUGGCCACGUUCGUGCGUGAGGUCCUGGGCCUGUACGCCGUCAACGUGACCACAGCCGCCCGCCUGUGCAGCGUCUCCCUGUGCCAGGGGCGUGGCCGCUGCGUACGCCGCAAACCCGGGAGCUCCGCCUACCUGCACCUGCCGCCCUCCAACUUCCUGAUGACGCAGGGGAAGGUGGAAGGGGUGCAGGCCACAGGCCAGCUGGAUCCUGGAAACCUGGAGGCCUGGAAGAGGGACUUCCAGUGCCAGUGGUAUGAGUCCAUGGAGGGGGCGGCUGCCGACGAGGAGGUCCCCAAGGACAGGGCACAGGGAGCCCUUCCUCCCACACUGAAUUCACCCUUGUUGAGUGAGCUGAACCAAGGGACCAGGCCCACCCUCGCUCUGUCAGACCACAGUGGACCAUCACUCACGACACCUCUCCUGCCUCUACUGCUGGUAUUAGCCACAGCUCUAAGCCUGAACACAGACUUAUGCCUGAACCUCUGACUAACCUGCUGGACUAUUAGGUCGGGGCUCAGGGGGCUAAACACACUGUCGUACCAGUGUAUACUUUUUUGGGGUGGAACAGAAACUCUUAAGAGGUGUUUCUCUUUCGAACAAAGAAAUGUUGUGAACAGAGACUACUAUUCUAUUUUGGAGACUGUGGAUGUGUUUAUUGUCUGUACAAGUAGAUCAAACAACAACCUUUUAUUCAUAGGAUUUGUGGUUAACAUUGCCGUCAUUUCUCGUCUCGUCAACAGUUGUGUGUAUUCAGUUCAUAACAUUGCAGUACUGGGUGUUUCUUUUAUAACUCAUUUUUGUUUUUCUGCACACUUUUUUUCCUUCUUCACGCUACUCAGCUCUACUCCUUACACGUGAAUGGCUAUGUUGUGACGGACCUGUAAUAUGGUUCACAACUUGGUUUCCUCAAACAAUGUAAACACAUUCUACAACAUGUUACUGCAGUCAUAUCAAUUGAGAUGGCUUCACCAUUACCUUUGUGUUCUUACCGGUCAUGCUAUUGCGUUUACAAUAAAUCAUACCUCUGUGAAAAUGUACUAAUAUUUUCUAUAAAAUGUUGUUGAUGCAGUCUAGAUGUCCUGUCCUGUAUCAGUCUAGAUGUCCUGUAUACACGUCAUCACAACCACAUCCAGGAACAAAACAGACAGCUACUCUUUGCAGCUCAUGUACAUUUAUUGUGUUAUUUUUCUUAAAAUAUACACUCAGGACGAAGGGUACCUAAAUCAUUUCUUUGUUACAGAAAGAGAUAUGUACAGAGGUGCUUCUGAUUGUACAGAUUAAGAGCAGUUAGAGAGGAGGCCAUCUCUCCCUCCCCAGCCAAACAUGCACCCCCCAAAGUCUAUAGUACCACAGCCCAUCCCCCUUUAUAUCCAGUGUGAGGGUGCUGCCUUCUUAUCUAGGUGGGGCUUCAGCAGGUCUGACGACAUCUGGUAGCAUCCAAGUUUUUCAUGGGCCAUGGUACAAGAAGCCAGUAACGGCAUGCUACAUGUAACUGCUGUCCAGAACCUCUCACCAUGGCAAAACAAUUUAGGCCAAAUAGAUAUGUUCGAUAUUGAGACAGGCCUACUUACUCAGUACCAACCUACCAGACAACCUGUGAAAUGACAGAAGGUACCACAGUCUCCUAAAGCGCAACAUAUUAUCCAGGGAUCCGAGAGGAGAGCUCCACAGGGAAUGGCUUUUGGUUGGUAACAGGUAUGCAACAUGACGUCUGGAGGGACUGGUAACAGGUAUGCAACAUGACGUCUGGAGGGACUGACAUUUAAACAACAUAAUACGUACCCCCACCUGUCUCAUCUUACUAGUUUCAGGAACCUGCCUAAGAAGUGACUAACAUCUAAACCAUCUUAUCUCAACUGUUCCAAAAGCUCACUCUCCAUAUGAGAGAACGAGAGAGUGCCCCCGUGUUGGCAGAAGCAGUUAGUACAAUCUGAACCAAGUGGGUUGGACGGUAAUAAGAGAAGCAUCAAGUGCUCUGUUUCCUUCAAGUUCUGUCAGGGGGAGGGACUCCUAGCCGAAUGAGCAUUUCCGGGUGGAGGAGGGGUUUGAAGCAGGACGUCUCCAUGGGGAGGGGUGAGGGGGAGAAGCAGAUCAUCCAUGAAGCUAGCAUGAUUAGUAGCAGUGAUUCCAGGCGGGAGGGAGGGGAUCGUUAGGUUAGACAAGGGUCUGCAGUGGAAGAGGAUCUCUGGGGGAGGGGUUUCCAGGUGGGAGGGGUUUCCAGGUUAGAGGGGUCUCC